GGUUUACGCAUGAAACAAAGCAAACAGUCUUCGAGAAGUCCGACUAUUGGUCGUGACACAGGUCCUGAUGGCUCUGGCUCAUUCCGUUUCGGAGUUGACAAUCUCAUCUGAAGUAAACCCACCGCCGCGCACAGCUUGCAGCCGCGACAGUGAAAAGCUAACUUCCGAUCCAAAAUUGGGGACUAUAUCCCCUUCUCUUUUGCGAUUGUUUAAGUCCAGUGUUUUCACUAUGGAUCUAGCUCUGCAGUACAUGUUCAAGGAGGAAAACCCCUUUGUGAAAGUAUACUUAGCCCAUCGAUUGUAUGGAUUUGAUCCGGUUGAUGUGGACUUCUACCUCCCUCAACUGGUUUCGUUGUACCAGCAUUCUUCGGAACUGGCCGAGGGCUUACACCCUUACUUCAUUAGUCGGUACCAUUGA